AUGGCUACUCCGGCGUUUGUUGCUCCUGGUAGCUUGCCAACGGCGGGAGUUGGCGGUGCUCUCUACGACGAGGCCUUCCAAGUCCCGACCUACCCUGCUGCUCCGUUCAACAAGGUGACCUGGCGUCUCAUCGACACCUGGAACAACAUCAAUGUCAACUACGACACCAACCGUGGACUGGCAGCCGGCUUGGUCUGGGCCACUUUGGUCUACCUGCUUGCCCUCACUCCAACUCGCAAGAGAACCACUCCCUUCCACACCUUCAUGCUCAUUGGCCUGGUCUUCAUGCUCAUCAAAUUGAUGAUCGACAUAGUCUCGUCUCUCACUCCUGGUCUCCAGUCUUCUUCGGCCUAUACCUUCCUCACCCUCGACUUCACUGACAGCAUUUGGACUAAGGAAUUCAUUGCCACUUUUGCCACCAGCCAAGUUACAGGAUGGUUCGCCUUCAUCUUCGCUGCCAUCUGUCUCUGGCUCCAGGCCAAGGGGUUGAUGACCGGAAUCAGAGCCCGCUACCCAGUCGUCUACAAAGUCAUGUUGGUGUAUCUCAUUCUCACCUCUGUGGCGGCCUUUGCUGCUGCUAUGGCAUACAGCAUCCAGCAGAUCUUGCAGCUUGGCAAGGAUGGCGCUGAAAUCUACGACUACCUCGACGAAGCGUACAAUGGCCGCAUUGCAUACCUCGCCGCUUAUACCAUCUGCAUUGGAAGCUUCAGCCUAGUCUCCAUGGCCUCAGUCUUCGAUAUCGUCUGGAAGCGUCCUUCUUCGAUCGUCACCAGGAACAACGCAUACGCUUCAGCAUUGAACCUCAUCGGCUUGCUCUGCGUCCAAUCCUUUGUCAUCCCCUUCAUCUUCUGCAUCCUGCAGAUCAUCCCCGUGCAGACUAGCAUGCUGCACGCGGAGAUCAUGCUCCUCCCAUCUGUCUACGUGAUGCUGCCUCUCGGUUCCCUCUUCAUGACUGUCAAUUCUGCCGUCGACGACUCCGAAGCACAGAAGGCUUCGCCACUGCCGCCAAAGUCCAUGCCGCCAAAGCCUCUCUUUGCCGACAGCGCCGCGACUUUGACUACCAGCACCACCUCCACUGCCUCGCGACCCUCGUCCUAUCUGCUUGACGCCGGGCAUGGCAAAUCGGAGGUGGAUCCGGAGUUCAGCGCGAUCGAUUCCUUGGGUACUGCCCCAAAUGAAGGGAAAGAGACGGGUGCGGCAUUGAAGAAUAAGGAUCAUGAGGAAAAGGAGGCAUAUGUCUCCGAGAAGAUGGUAGUUUGA